UUUAUCCAGUAAAAUUCAAAAAUUCUUUUCACCAUCAUAAUAAAACGCCACCUCUCGUGGAAAUAAGCAAACACCAUGCAUAUUUAUGAAGGAGCGGAGCGGCGCUGCCUCUCCAGCACACAUUUAUGACAUUAUGAACACGAAACCACAGCCCGGGCUGCGCAUGGCUUCCUCACAGCCCACUGUAACCAUUUGGUGGGCUGCUGGUUUGCAGUUGGAGGCUGUGGCUUGGGUUUCUCUGAGGUUACGGUCGUCUCCCCUGGGACGGUGGUCAGACCCGUUAGACCUGUUUGUUUUGGAGGCUCUGCCCGCUCCUCACGGCGCCCUCUCUGCUUGGUAACGGACCGCUAUCUGCAUGGCUGGGUGUCCGGGCCGGCGCUUGGUUGCAGCGUCUUCAGUGACCCCGUGCAUCGUGCCUGUCGACGCUGCACUGGCACCACCUCGUCCCAGCAGGUGUGACCACGCGCUUCGGGGGAGAGAGAGGCAGGAGCUGGAGGUUAGGGAGGGAGUUUGGACUGGACUUAAUGGGUAGGGGCUAAGGUAGCGCCGGGGCUCGCCUUCCUCUCUGUCACUCGCUCAGACUGACUCACACCCGUUUACAGCGCUGCACUGAAAAGCCCCUCGGCUCCGCUCUCGGCUCCGGCCACCAGAGAAGAUGCUCGGGCGCCGCUUUCCGUGAGAUUAGCGGGAACUCGGAGGAUCUGCGGCCGAUGGGCUGCUGCUCGCGCCUCGUCCGCGUUUUAAUUGUGACGCCGGGGAGAAAUAAAUAGCUCCACACACACUGGUGGGAGGCAAAUGGAUGAAGCGCUCUCGGAGGGGAUUUUCCCAGACUGCUUUCACAUAAAUGGACCCGGAAACUGUUGCUGAAUUAGCCAAACUGGAGUAAACCAAAUAGCUGACUUACAUUCUAUUGAAUAAUUGAACGAGUUCAUCUCAAAGGGACUGCAGGCUCCCCUUUGGAUUGUCACACCAUGAUGUGCUCUGUGGUCAUGCUUCACGGCUGGAGUCUGGCUGUGCUCCUGCUGUGCUCUCCCCUGACUCUUGAUGGGAGACCAGCGGAUGCGCUUAGCAGCAGAGCGAGGAGGUCAGUGGGCCACGCUCAGCUGAUGCAUGACAAGGGUCGCUCGUUGCAGGAGUUCAAGCGUCGCACGUGGCUGCAGGAGCUGCUGGAGGAGGUGCACACGGCCGACGAGCAAACGCAGAGCGGAGCCCCGGGUCGGGGCUUCGGCGGCGGCGCCCUGCACCAGAAGCCCUCCGGCGCCACCAAGAACCUGCCCGACGGCUACGGGCCGGACGGGGCCGGGCCCAACCUGCCGCAGGAGACCAACAAGGAGCAGCCGCUGAAGCUGGCCAAAAGGAAGAAAAAGGCGCGGCUCGGCCGGCGCAGGGAGAGCGACAGGAAGCGCCGGCGCACGCGGUCCACGGGGCGGCCGUGACGGACGCCGGAGGGAGACGGGCCCGGCCCAAGACACUGACGCGAGAACCUCCGAUCAGCCAAGCGGAGCUCUGACAAACUUGAUUCACGGCUCAUCCGGACCCGGGGUCUGAGCUUGUGUAGUAGUAUUUUUCACACCUGUACGUUUGUCUUUUCAUCUCAUAUUUCACACCUUUUAGGUUCAUAUUUGUUUAGAUCAUAGUAACCUGGUUUACUUCUUAACGCCGCGUUGUCAUCGGUAAGAAGGGACUAUUUAUUGCCUGAAUCUGAUGUAACAUUGUAAGAUAGAAAGCUGAGUCUUCCUUCGUUUUUGUGGAGUUCAGUGAACACAUCUGACCUGUUCUGGUGUAAUUUAUUUCACUUUGAAUGUGUAUAUUUAUUUUGUGAACUGUGUGAAUCGCGGUACUGCUGACUAAAUUCCAUGAUGCACUUUAGUUCUAUCCUGUAAAUGUUCUUUUGUGGUUGAUUUUUGAUCUUUACCCCGUCCCACCUCAGAUCCUUUACUGUAUGUAACUUAUUGGAUGCUUCAACAAACCCACUUGCAUCAUUUUACUUUAUAGUUUUAUAUUUUUGUAGAACAAGCCCAGGUCAGAUUCCUUCAGCAUUCCUGACUUGCACUGAGCUCAAUGUACAGUACAUGUUUCCAGUUAAUCAUCCAUUAAAAAU